CCUAGUGCCAAGCUACAAGUCGCACGUGUCUUUUUGUGGUGUUUGAUCUGUAUCGACCGACUUAUUGUUUUUUUUUUCUAUACACAUUAACAGAAACCCUAACAGAGAUGAUGUUGGACUGUAGACAUUCAACUUUCAAUAUGCCACAGCAAAAGGACAUCGUUAAGAUCGCCAUUCAGAUGCCGGGCGCGUACCCGCAGCUCAUUCAGCUAGACCAGAAAAAGCCCCUCACUGCAGUUAUAAAAGAGGUUUGCGACAAGUGGAAUCUUGCCGGCCCUGACAACUUCGCUCUUCAAUAUGCAGAUGGAGUCCAGACCUACAUCACAGAGUCGAAUCGUCUUGACAUCAAAAAUGGCAGCAUUCUCCGUUUGACUAAAGCACCGGGUCGCUGUGCUGAAGAUCUGUAUAAAGGCAUACAGAGUUCAGAUUCUGGCGUGCGCUGCGACUCUCUAAAGACGCUGGCAUCCGUAUCCACUGACAUCACAUUUGCGCAGGAGUUCAUCAGCCGCGAUGGACACUCUCUGCUAGUAAAGAUAGUGGAGGAUGCCCACGAAGCUCCUCAGAUCAUGACACAUACUCUCACUGCUUUCAUGGAACUGAUGGAUCAUGGGAUUGUGUCCUGGGAGAAUCUCUCCAGUAUCUUCAUUAUAAAGAUUGCCAGUUUUGUAAAUGCAAAAGCAUUUGACACGUCCAUCCAGCAGGUGUCCCUGGCUAUCCUGGAGAGCAUGGUGCUCAGCAGCAACAGUCUGUUCAGUCAGGUCCGACAGGAGAUCACUUUGGAGAGACUCAUUUCUCAUCUGCAGGUAACAAAUCAACAGCUGCAAACCAAGGCCAUGGCUCUGCUGAUGGCCAUGUUACAGGCUGCUGGAGAAGCAGACAGACAGGAGCUCUUUGAAUUUCUUGAGAAGAAGCUCCUGCGACAGUAUAUUUACAAGAACAUUAUUCACAGCUCAAGUUCAAUGGGUGAUGAGAUGGCCCACUACCUUUAUGUACUACAGACUGUUCGUCUUAAUCACCUAGAGCACCGUAUGAGGACGCCACUCGAUUCCUACAGCCAGGAACAGAGGGAAAUGCUUCAUGGGUUGCGCCAGGCAGCUUUCGAGACCGAAAGCGAGAGCAACUUGAGCAACGAGAGGCGACGCUCGCUUUGCGCUAAAGAGUUUAAGAAGCUUGGAUUCUCUAAUAACAGUAAUCCUGGUCAGGACCUGAGCCGCUGUCCUCCGGGUCUCCUGGCGUUGGACACAAUGGCGUAUUUUGCCUCUCGUUACCCGGACGCAUACAGCCGGUUCGUGUUGGAGAACAGCAGCAGAGAAGACAAACAUGAGUGUCCGUUUGCUCGCAGCAGCAUCCAGCUCACCCUGAUCCUGUGUGAGAUCUUGCGCAUCGGUGAACCACCUUCUGAGACUGGGUCAGACUAUCAUCCCAUCUUCUUCGCUCAGGACCGACUGCUGGAGGAACUUUUCUGCAUCUGCAUGCAGCUCCUCAACAAGACGUGGAAAGAGAUGAGAGCCACACAGGAGGACUUUGAUAAGGUGAUGCAGGUUGUCCGUGAGCAGAUCACAAGGACGCUGUCCAGCAAGCCCACAUCUCUAGAGCUUUUUAAGAACAAGGUGAAUGCUCUGAACUACAGCGAGAUCCUCAAACUCAGACAGACAGAGAGGCUGCACCAGGAGGAGACCCUCGCCCCACCUGUGGUUGAGCUAAAGGAGCGUUUAAAGCCAGAACUCCUAGAGCUCAUCAGACAGCAGAGACUGAACCGACUGUGUCAUGGGACCCUCUUUCGGAAGAUCAGCAGCCGAAGGAGGCAAGACAAGCUGUGGUAUUGUCGAUUAUCCCCCAAUCACAAAGUCCUGCAUUAUGGAGAUGUGGAAGAGAAUGCCGAGAUGCCCUCCAUCGAAGCCCUUCAGGAAAAGAUUCCUGUCGCUGACAUCAAAAAUGUUCUGACUGGGAAAGACUGUCCUCACAUGAAGGAAAACAAAGGAAAACAAACCAAGGAGGUGUUGGACUUGGCCUUCAGCAUUACAUAUGAUGUUGAGGAGUAUAGCUUAAACUUCAUUGCCUCUUCCAGAACAGAUUUCUGUCUGUGGACGGACGGACUCAAUGUGCUGCUUGGUAAAGAGAUGAGCAGCGAGAGCAUGCGCAGCGAACUGGACAUUCUCCUUUCAAUGGAAAUCAAGCUCCGCCUCCUGGAUCUGGAAAACGUGCCUAUACCGGACACCGCCCCACCCAUUCCCAAACCGCCCAGCAACUUUAACUUCUGCUACGACUUCAGCCAGACCGAACAGUAAUACGUAGGUGGAUCGUAAAUGUGAGAUCUUGACUGUUUCCAAGAUGGGAAACAACUUGAUGCUGACAGUGGCCACUUGGUGGCGUCAAAGAUGGGAUGUUUGAAGAUUGGGAGCGAAAAUACAUUGUUAUUGUUUCAGAUAGAGCACCUUGAACAAUCAUAGUGAGAUGGCAGAACGUUUGAUGGUGUCUGCGGUGAAUACGACUGAUUUGCAUUAAAUGUGCCUUUUCUGUCAACACAUUUUUUUAAAUGACUCAUUUAGCUUCUACCAAACGUUUUGAAAUCGUACUAAAACAUGCUAAAUGACACUGAGCAGCUUGUUGCAUCUGUACUACAAGAAUUGGUGAUUAUGUGACUGAUUUGCUUCGUAAAGACCGAUGAUUCAGAAUGAUUCAUUCUCAAAAGGUACAAUGGCAGAAUUAAUAUCACGGUUGAUGCAUCCGUUUUUUGUUUAAUUAUAUAUGUCAUUUCACAGUGUGCAAGGUACAUCUAUACUUCUGCAGUUACGCACAAAAUUAACGAUUUUUGUUUGUAAGAUUUGAAGCAUGCGCUGUAUAUUUAUCUAAUAUUUUUUCAUAGGCAAUCGUCUAUUUGAAUCACUCGAUUGGUACACACAAGGUAAAAGUGUGAUGAGAUGUUCAGAGAGUUGCUUUUGAUAAAGUUUGUACUAAAACUGAGUUUUGUUUGGAUCUCUAAUAUCUUGCAUGUUGUUAUAGAGGAGUAGUUUGAUCAAGUGUGGUUUGAAGACACAGCAUGAAUAUAUUGGUUUGUUACUUAUACUUAAAACUGAAUGCAUUGAGAUGUAAACUGAGAAAAUCAUUUAUUUGAUUUUUGGUCAAACUACUCGUCUUUUUUUUUAUUAUUGUAGAAUUUGGCGUAUUUUGUAGAGAUGGUGUGCAAUGAUUUCUCAAUUUUAAAAGAUUGAAUGCCAUUUCAUCAAGAUUUCAUCCACUGACUAUUUUGGUAACAUUUUGAACUGAUGGUAGUGGCUUUAAUACCACUUAACAAGCACUUCUUAUUAUGUCGACACAUAAUGCCUCGUUUCAAACUCAAUUAUGAUUUAAAGGUGUUGUGGUUGCUCAUAAACAUUUGCAUAACACAAUAAUGGAGAUGAUAAACUUUUUUGUGUUUUUGAAAAACCUGUGCCAUAAUCCAGUUGUGGUAGUCACAAAUGCAUUUCAUCUAAUAAAAAUAAGAUCCAUGUACUGUAUUUGUUAUACUGUAUAUAGCUUUAUAUGUUUAACAUCUAUUCUGUAACAAUAUCAAUGCAACCACUUUACCACCUGACAUGGUACGUGAUAUUAGUGAGAUUUUGUUUUCCUUUGUAUGGAAUUAAAAAUAUAUUAUUGUUAUA